CCUUGCGUUUCCUCCUCCCAAGCACCCUGUGAAGCAGAGCAAGAGGGCAACCACAGGGACUGUUCCAAGGGUUGCCUAGGGAUUAUUACAACCAGAAAGUGAAUCCCCUUUUCCCUCUGUGGAGACUGAGAGAGUCAGAUUGGCUAAAAUGCUGUCCGUGGACUGGGGAGAUACAAAGGCAAUUUCCUACAAAGCUUAUUAGACGGCCUUGUUGAAGAACCUGGGUUGCUCACCCUUAUCCCAACGCACCACAAAAGGUUGCUGUGCAGCUCCUGAGCUGCCCAAAGUCCCAAGAAUGUUGCCACACAAUAUGACGUGGAUGAAGUACCCAAGCUUGAGCAAAGAUCCGUCCACCAAUUUUGAAGAUAUUAUAUUCUCACAACAAGUCAUAUCGAGAUUUAUGCACGCGUAUAUUGCGUGCUUUGUGCCAGCUGGUUUGCUAGCUGGCAUCGUUAUCCUGGGGAUCUGCAUUAAGAACUACCGGAGUCGCACCCUAGAGACAUUAGAUGUCCUGUUUUUCCCCCAGACCAUCAGCAGCAUCUUCCUCAUCCUUUUAUCGCUCACAAUCGCCGUGCGACCUGCCUAUCUCAAGCUCUCCUACAUAAAGUGUGGAACGCUGUCUUUUUUUUUCAGCCUGGGUUACUUCUGCUCCCAGUACCUGCUCGUCUUAAUGGUGCUCAACCUUUUCCUUAGCAGACACCCGCCCCAGAACGCUUUCAUCAGCAAAGUGUACCGAAACCCAAAGGUGUGUGUCGGAUUUGUACUGAUGUGCAGCUCCUGUCUUGCGUUAAUACCGAGUGCGCUGCUGGGCAUAGAAAAUUACCAGGCAGAAACAGACUGCCAACUGGAUCCUUUAUUCGUAUGGCCUGAAUAUGAGAUUAUUAAAUUUACAUUUGGCUUCUGUGCGCCGUCUUUGUUCGAGUUGCUCUGCCUCGUUCUAGCGUUCGUUAAAAAGACUCGGCCGGAUAGCCAUCGCUCAGGAAAAAACACUUAUCCUCUUUCCGCCAUUUUAGUUAUGGUGACAACUAGGUUGGUGUGCCAUCUAUUUUAUAACAUCAUGAUCCUCUCCAGGACCAGCCUGAAGAUCAAGGGAGACAUAGGGACACCCCAGAAUGAGCUGGUCAUGAAUAUUGCGGAAGUGGUUUUGUUUGGCGAAAGCUGUGUGAGUUUGGUGAUCCUCCUCUGCCUGCAUCGCCCAUACAGGACCACCCUACUGAAUACCCUAAAAAAUCUCACCACCACGUGUAGGAGGAGACGCGAGAGCAACAGGUCUCUUGAAAUUCAAGAAACUCAACCUGGACCCUCUGAAAUUAGAUCCCACUGACAUCACUCUCCAAAAUAGUAAACGUUAUCAGUUGAUGUAUACAAAACAGAAAGAAAUGGAAGGUCUUCCUGUCUCGUCACGUGGGACUCAACUCCUGAUGUUUUUCUCGAGUGGGGCUUUUGAGGGCUACCAUCCCGAUAACACUGCUCGUGUUUCGUUACAUGCUGGGGUUUUGUUCCUAUAGGCUGGUCGAUGGACAAACUGAGCUCGUGAAGAAAAAUCUGCCUUCAUUUCAUUUCUGUGUAAUCAAUUUUUUUGCAGGGGGGAGUUUACUGAAGUUUAAGAGGGGCUGUUUUCAGGAUCAAUAAGACGGAGUGAAUGAACAUGACCGUAACCAAAGGGGUGACAAGCUUCAGAAAGAGAAAGGCUGUUCCCUAAAGAAUGACCACAGUCCUUUAAUAGCACUCGAUUGAGAAGCAUCAACCACCGUCAGGAACCCUCAGUCCCCUCAACCCAUAAAAACAGCCCUUUUCCUUUAUUCAGUGAGUAUUGAUAAAUUGGAAAAAAAAAAAAAUCUAAGCCAGCCCAUGAAAGAGCCCAGUUUUCAAAAUCUGGACUCCGAGAAAGUGUGUAAGCCUCUAAAAGGCUUUGCGACGUGCAAAGCCAAGCAAUGCUGCCUGUAAAACAGAUGUGCGUGCAGCUGUGUUGGAUAAGACGUCGUUCAGGGUAAAGAGCACCGUAAAAGGAGCUGAAACUUAACUGCCCACUGCAAAAAGGACACUGUCAUUUGCCGGUACGCGGCUGAGAGCUUGACGACGAGAAAAUCCAUACCGCUGUGUCAACGACAAAGGAAAAAUCUUGUUUGCAGAGGGACGAGGGGGAAGCGCAUCGCUUUUACAAAGAAAAAGCUGGUGCCAGGCUUGAAGGCUCAUUCUCGGCGAUGAGAACAAGCUUAGGUAUAUUUGCUAAAUUCGGAUAAAGAGCCCAACCGAUGUGAUGAAGGCAAAUGCCAUGCUAAGAUGGAAUAAGCUACUAAAAAAUGGAGCCCGGGACCUCUUUAUGGGGCUUCCGAUCCUUAAAAGUGAUCGUGGAGGGAAAAUGGAAAUCGGGCCAGGAGUUACGGCUAGAAAAACCCAAAGGCGAUCAGGACAAGGGCUCUUUCAUUAAGCGAAGCGAUAAACAGCAUUGCAGGGAGGUAAAUAGGGAGACAUGGCAUGGAGGGUGGUCUAGCAUCAGCCUUCUUCAACCUGGUGCCCUGGGUGACCCCCAUCCAGCAUGGCCAACGCUGCAGUCAGCUGGUGCUGAGUGUUUUAGAUGCAGUUCAGAGAGUUGUGUGAGAAGAUCAUGCUACCACUUACGCGAGGUUGAGUGUAAGUGCACCGCUAAAAAUUUAGCCGCAGAAUAAAGGGAUCAAACCCUUUCUUUUUAUUGCAAACGUUGACUGGCUUCGAUGUUCAUUCUCUCUCUCUUCUCUCCUCCCACUGUGUACCCUAAAUAAUUCAGUAAAUAUUAUAGAACCAGUUGACACAGUCCUUAGU